CAUUGUUGAUGCGUCAGUGCUCUCUCCCACAUCUCGGCCAGGGUCUGGAGGGGGAGAGAGAGAGAGAGAGAGAGACGGAGGAGCCCGGCACUGCAGAGCUGCCACCUGAUUGGCUGGACGGUCAUGGCUGGGGCUAUAAAAGAGACCCCUGCAGGCUCGGGAGGGAGACGCUCAGAAGACAGCAUCUUUACUGCAGAACAGGCGACAGUGCGCUCAAAACAGAAGCCACAGCUCCUCCUGCUGCCGCAUUUCUUUCCUACUUGCGAAUCCCAUACCACUGUUCAGACAAGAUGUGCAAAGGGCUUGCAGGACUGCCGGCUUCUUGCUUAAGGAGUGCAAAAGAUAUGAAACAUCGGUUAGGCUUCCUGCUGCAGAAGUCUGAUUCCUGCGAACAUAAUUCUUCCCACAGCAAGAAGGACAAAGUGGUUAUUUGCCAGAGAGUGAGCCAAGAGGAAGUCAAGAAAUGGGCUGAAUCACUGGAAAACCUGAUUACCCAUGAAUGUGGACUGGCAGCUUUCAAAGCUUUCCUGAAGUCUGAAUACAGUGAGGAGAACAUUGACUUCUGGAUCAGCUGUGAAGAGUACAAGAAAAUCAAAUCACCAUCUAAACUAAGUCCCAAGGCCAAAAAGAUAUACAAUGAAUUCAUCUCAGUCCAGGCAACCAAAGAGGUGAACUUGGACUCCUGUACCAGGGAGGAGACAUGCAGGAACAUGCUGGAGCCCACAAUAACCUGCUUCGAUGAAGCUCAGAGGAAGAUUUUCAACCUAAUGGAGAAGGAUUCAUACCGCCGCUUCCUCAAGUCACGAUUCUAUCUUGACCUGGCCAACCCUUCCAGCUGUGGGUCAGAGAAGCAGAAAGGAGCCAAGAGUUCUGCAGACUGUGCUUCCCUGGUCCCCCAGUGUGCAUAAUUCUCCCUUGGAGGCAGGAGGCUAAAAUGCCAAGACUCUAUGCUCUGGGAAACCUGAGGCCAAAUAUUGAUCUGUAUUAAGCUCCAGUGCUUUAUCCACAUUGUAGCCUAAUAUUCGUGCUGCCUGCCAUGUGUGAGUCACUGCCAUGUGUAAACUAGAUUUAGUUUUGGUGUUUGAGUGUUCAUCAGGGUCGGACCCCCAUUCUUAGUCCAACUUUCCCAAGUUUCUUUUAGGGUGCCAUGUGAGCAAGUUUCUAAAUAAUGGCCUUGUGGGUCUGGAUUUUCAAAGAUUGUUGGCAAUUCUCUCCUCCCAACAGUUUGACCUCAGGUUGGUCGAUUAGUACAUUUCAUGUGACAUCCACAUGCACAUGUAUUCUGUGAGCCAGCACUUUCUCCAGACUCUAGACGUUUAGAGGAGGUUGACCUAUUAUACGUCCAUUUGUGUGUGUAUGUACAUAUUUUAUGUGUAUAUAUACACAUACACACAUACAUUCUGUGUGUGUAUAUACAUAUCGAUGUUUGUGCAUACGUGUGUGUGAGUGUAAAGAUGCAGGAGUACAUGGGAAAGACCCUAGGUGCUCAUAACUAGAGUGCAUGUGUUUAUGUACAUGUAUGUUCUGAUCUCUGGUCUUUCAUACUGCAUUUGUACAGGGCAAACUGCACUAACUGCCAUGCAGGCUAAGAAAGAAAUGCUAACCUUUUAUAGAAAGCUGAGUCUAUAAAACUCCAUGGGUCUUGCUGGAGAGGCAUCCGAGGCACUUCAUGCUUAAUUUAACCACUGACAUCCUCCAUCUUGAGCACUAUUCUAAGGAGCAAAUAUCAUAAAGACACAGAGCUUUUUUGGGCUGGUUAUCACUAAUGGCACUUUUGAGUUCCUAAGCUGCUGGCCUUCCCGUCUUUGCCUGGGUGCUCAGGUCAUGCUUGUUAGCAGCUGGGUUGGUAUAGAGUCGGGAGAUGGGAUGCUUGAGCCGAAUGAAAAAAUGCAGUGAAGGCCUUGCCAGCUAUACCUACCGUAAGUUAUUAGCUGAGCAAGAGAACAGAAUUUAAAGGUUACUAUUCUUAUUCUCUAUCCUUUUUUCUUCUCCUGAUCAAGGUGCUCUUCUCACUUUUUUUUUUUCCUGAGAAGCUUAGCCAUCAGAUGAGGCUCCUUAGUUCAUGAUGGUUGGUUUGUUUUUAUUCCCCCCCCCAAAUGGCUCUAGGCUAUAUAAACCAGCAGCAGGGGAAAGAUUAUAUUUUAUAAGGGAGAAACAAGUUUUCACAAACUUGAAAAGCCCCUGUGAGUUUUCUCUUUCAAAAUAGAAGAAUCUUGUUAAUUUCAUCCCAAACAUCAGGACUAACUGAGACUGAAGGCAUUUUUUUUCUAGGCUCUGAGACUAAAUGAGAGGGAAAAGAAAGCUCAAAAAAAAAAAAAAAGGAUACCUAGUGUUAGAACUACUGACUAUUGUUUGGAACUUUUCAAGGCACAUGAAAUACUUGAAAAUUUCACAUUUAUGUUAUUUAUGAUGUUUUGUACAAUGUUUUUAUUAUUAUAUUGUUUUAUAAAUGGAGGUGCAGGAUAUCACCUGAAUUAUUAAUGAAUGCCCAGGAAGUAAUUUUCUUCUCAUUCUUCUAAAACUUGCCUUUGAAAGUACAGACACACACACACUACAUUUGUUGCUCCAGUUUAAAUUACACAUAUGAGCCACAAAAACCUUGUGGCUUUUAAGCCAAUGUACUGGGCUGCAAAAUGAAGACACCGGAGUAUGCAUGUAAGUCUCAUUAUAUUAAAGAUGUAGGUUUUCUAAUUGUACCUUUCUUGUCUCUCUGGCAGUCUUGCUCUUAAUAUCCCUGGAGUUCCUCAACAGUGUCUCUUUCUGUUGCACAAAGUUCCACAAUUUUGUCUCUAGUUGACUUCAGAUGUGAAACUUUAUUGGUCUUGCCCUCUUACAAUUGUCAUCACUCUCAGAUUAUACCUGUACUCACAGACUGCUGUCUCACAAAUAGGUCUGGAAAGUCAUUCUGAAUGAGAAGUAAAUUAUUUUAUGUAAUACAUUUUUGAGUGUGUUUUUGAAUGUAUUUUCCUGUUAUUUCAUCACCAUUUGAUAUGGUAAGCUUACCAGCACAUGGUCCAUGGACAGAAUACACCUUCCAUAUGCAUGCCUGUUUCUAUCAUAUGCUUUAUAUAUAGGCCUCAGAGCUGAUGCUUCCAGUGAAACACAUGCAUCUUAAUUAAUUAUAAGGGUAAAUAAAUGCUUCAUACAGAA